UAAUUUGCAAAGUAAUUAUUACAAAAAAAAAACAACAAACAACAAAAACGAAAAAGAAAACCAACAAAAUUCACUUGAAAUGCUGUUUUGAAGAAUGCCCCUAAAUGUCUUCCGGAAUUAAUUGUCGUGAAAUUUUCGUAUUUUUGGAAAUUUUGAUUUGGAAUCAAACAAAACAGAGAAAUCGACAAAACAAUGAGCAUAACAACAACAACAUUAACAACAACAACAGCAUUGCCAACAAUCACAGCAGCAGCAACAGCAACACUCACAACAACAACAACAACAACCACAACAACAGCAGCAGCAGCAAGAAGAAGAGCAACAGCAACAACAACUUAAAAAUCACAGCAACCAAAUCGCAGUGAAAGUGCUAAACAACAAAAACCAUUUUGCAAGUGCUGAAAAAGCCGCUGAAAAGGGAAGCAGCAAAUUCAUAAACGAAAACAAAUUCAAAAAAAGCAGCAACAAAAUUGCUAUAAAAAAAGUUAAAUAUAUAUAUAACAUUUCUAAAAUAAAUAUAUAUGCGAACAAGUGUCUUAUUACAUAGUUAAAUAGUUUACAACCAACAACAAAAAGGAAUAAACCAAUAAUCAGCAAAGCAAAGAAGAACGGAGAAGAAGAAGCAGCAGCAUUAUUCAAAUAGUUAAAUACAGAAAAUAAAAAUAAAAAUAAAAAUAAACAAGUUUUAGUACCUACAGGCCUGAAGACAGAACAUUAGAACUAUAUAUACACACAAAAACAACAUAUAUAUACAUAUAUAUAUAUAUAUCUAUAUAUAGCUAUAGUUAUAUACACCUAUACAAUACAUAUAAACUUUAUAGAUUGGCAAGAAGCAGAAGAAGCAGCAACUGCAGCUAAGAACACGCCCCCUGCCCCCCCACUGUGAUAUUAGUAAUUUCACAUAUAUAAUAAACAACAAAA